GUUGCUCUUCGCAGAAAUGGUGUUGGAGGGCAGCACCCCAGGUGGGCAUCCCUCACCCCAAGCAGUACUGGACAAUGCGAGGAAGCUGUUCGAUGCCAUCGGGACGCAAGGGCCCUAUGACCACACAGUGCAGCAGCGAGGAUUGGAAGCCCUCGAGGCCGACAUUGCCGCCGUCAUGACCGACAUCUGCCACCUGAUAGCGUCGGCCAGUGAUCCGCAGCUUCGCACUGACGUCAUACGUCAGCUGGUCCGGCUGCUAUCGAUCGAGCAUAUGAACGGCAACGCCAUUGACGAGAAGGCUUUCAGCGCCGGUGUGGUGCCUGUGUUGGUGGAGCAGCUGAGGUUCUCGCUGACGAAAGGACCGGCAGAGGAGGUGGAGGGGCUGGUUGCGGCCUUGGCCCUCGGCAUGCUGGGGGCUCGCCAUGCCACGGCAUUUGUCGAUGCCGGUGCCAUCCCGCCCCUGGUACAGCUGGUGUCGUCACCUAAUGAUUACGUGCGUUUGGGGGCCGUCGGGGCGCUGAAAAAGGUCACGGAGGGAUCGGUGGCCCGUCGCGAUGCGGUGCUGGCGGCGGGCAUCCUGCAGCCGCUGCUGGUGACGAUACGAGAGAGCACCAUGACCGAUGUGGUCGCCAUGGGUGUCCAGCUGGUGGCCACUCUGUGGAGUGUCCAACCUCGGCCUCCACUGGCCGACUUGGCUCCCUUCGUACCGGAGCUUGUCCGCCUCUUCAGCGCCCCUCAACAGGACGAGUGUGUGAAGGUGAAGGCACGAGGGGCGUUGGCGUAUGUCGGGGUGCUGUGUAUCGAGGCUUACGGUUAGUCGCCACACAUGAAGGCACAAAACACAAGCAUCGGCUGCAUAACUCGCUGUGUCCUGAUUGCCUCUGAUUGGUGAUUCCCUCAUAGGUACCGACGCUGACCGUGACGCGUUGGUCGGGUGUGGCGCCGUGGCGUCGAUCAAGACUCUGCUGGAGGCAGCCGACCCACGGAUGAAAGACAUCGCAUGCUUGACGGCGACGGUCCUGACUGGAGGUAAGCCGGCCGCGCGCUCACACACAUCCCAUCAAAGACAGCACCUGCGUCAGGUGUAAGGUGCUGUGGAUUGGUUGCUCUCACCGACAGGCGGCCGUCGAUGGUGGGCUCGUGCCUCUACUCGUCCACGCGGCGGCCAGCGAAGAGGCUCAUGUCCGCUAUAACGAGACGGCAGCGAUGGCCAUUGCAAACGUGCUCGCCCAGGGAUCGCAGCAACAGGUGACUGACAAGGCACUCAGGCCGCUUGAUGUGUGUGUUCGUUCAUUUGUUCAAUCGUGCAGGUCGAGUAUGUGGUUGAGUGUGGCGGCAUCCAGCCCCUCUGUGACCUGAUCGAUGUCGACAACAACCGCAACCUUUUUAUCGGUGUCAUGCUACUGAAAAUAAUACUCAGGUAGGUCACACACACACACACACGUCCCUCUGAAUUACCUACCAGUUGUCUGUUGCCCUCGUGUGUGCAGUUCGGGUCGUGAGAAGCAGGCCAACGAGGGCCUCCCCGACAAUCCCUACUGCAUGCUGGUCGAGCAGGUGAGACAGAGAGAGAAGAGGACACCACAACCCUGGGCACAGCCACAUGGCCGGCUGUUUCGUUCGGCGUCUCACGCAGGCCGGCGGUGUGGAUAAGAUAGCGACACUGCAGGCGCACACCAACAUGGACGUCGCAGCGCAGGUGACCUGUCUGCCUUCACGGCCCGUGUCGUGUGGCAACAAAGGCUGCAGACAUACACUCUAGUGUGUUGUCCUUUCCUCUCUUGUUCAGGCCAUCAUCAUAUUUGUGGGCUGCUUCCCGGCUCGUGUGGACGUGCGGCGAGUGGAGGCAUUGGUGGAUGUCGGCGUGAUCCAGGUGGUCCGUCAGCCAGGUGGCGGUGAGGACGACAGGGCCACCCGCGUAAGCGACGACAGCGAAGGGGAUGGAGAGAGUGGGCCGUCCACGUCCCCCUCCUGCUGGCCAUGGGGGUGGGAGAUGUGGCGGAUAGAUCGAUGGGUCGCUUCAUGACUAGGUAUGUGUGUGUGUGGAUAUAUGUACGUUCGUAUGGGUAUAGCGCAAAGUUGAAGAGGUAUCGGCAUGAAUGCGUUGUCCAUUUUGCAGACAUCCUUUUACUGUGCUGCAGUUCGUCAAUGACAUCUUUCGUUCAAGGAGAUUCCGCUGGCUGACCAAUGCGUCACGUCGCAGCUUUCCAGCGCAGCAUGACUCAUCGGACAGCCAAG